CGAUUACUCUGGAAAACUAACAACCAUCAUGUUGGAUACUUUACACGCAUUGGCCUGUUAAAUGCACCAUGACAAUUAUUUCCUGCAAAAUGAAAAAGAGAUCAUUCAUUGUGUGUGUGUCGCCAAUCGCCAUUCUCCAACCAUGUUUCAAGCUUAUUUCGAUAACAAGUUCACGAAUUCACUUGUGUACUACGUGUUAUUGUUACUUUUGCUUCUCGUUUCACCUUUUCUUUUCAUUUGGGAACUCAUCACCACCAUUCGAUCACGUUUCCAACCUAUAGAAAACAUGUCUGGAAAAGUGGUUUUGAUCACUGGUGCUUCAUCAGGACUUGGAGAGCUCAUGGCUUACGAAUAUGCAAAAAGAGGUGCAUGUUUAACUAUUGUCGCGAUAAAAGAACCUGAGAGUCGCCUCGAAAAAGUAGCAGAGAGAGCUUGUGAACUCGGCUCUCCCGAUGUUCUUUUCAUAUUUGCCGAUGUUUCAAAGGUUGAUGAGUGUAGGAUGUUUGUGGAUGACACCAUUAAACGUUUUGGUCGAUUGGAUCAUCUUGUUUGUAACGCGGGAAUCGCAAACCUCUAUUCAGUCAACAUUGAUAUCACAAAAUUCGCACCCGUUAUGAUGUUGCAAUUGUUUAUCCCACCCAAAUAAGAUGGGACGACAGUUGUUCUGCAAAAGAUAUGAAUUCUCUUCAUAAAAAAUAACUCUAUAAAAUUUGUCAUGUCCCACGUAAAAAAACGCAACCAUAGUAAACAACUUAUUAAUUUAUUUAUUCAUAUGUGAACAUAUAUAUACAGGACAUAAACUUUUGGGGAUCGCUUUAUCCAACUCAUUUCGCGAUGCCACAUCUCAUGAGAAGCAACGGGAAGAUCGUCGUCAAUGCUUCAUGUGCUGGAAUAUUGAACCCACCGAAAGGAGGAUUUUACAAUACAAGUAAAGCAGCAUUGAUAAGCUUCUAUGAGUCCCUCAGAUUCGAAGUGUCUCCAAGAGUAACCAUCGUAAUCUUGACUCUUGGCUUCAUUGACACAAACCUCAUAACAGCUAAGUAUUUGGCUAAAGGUGUUGGUGUACCUCUAAGAAAUGAUUUUAGUAGGUUGCUCCCAACAAUGGGGGCAGAGCCAUGCGCCAUAGCCAUUGUCGAUGGAGUAUGCAAAGGAGCAACAUCCAUUACAGAACCAAGGUUUACGAAGGUUCUCUUUCUGAUCAAGUACUUUUUCCCAGAAGUACACCAUUUCUACUUUAGUAAGUUUUUUCGCUCGAAGUCUCGGAAGAAUCAGAAGGGAUAGAUACACCUUUGCAAGAAGGUUGAUACUUGAUACUAUCAUCGGUAUGGAGUGUGAUUAGAAUGGAACUCAUCUUGCUUAUGAGUUGUUCUAAUGUUUUUAAUGGAAUUUGAAAUAAUGGGUGGAUCUGGAUCCCUAGAGUUAUACAAAUAAUUAUAGUUUUUAAGAGUAAAUUACAUAAAUGAUUCAUAUGGUUAAGUCAAUUCGUGAGUUUAGUCCAACAUUUGAAAGUUGAUAGGUUACCUCCCUACGGUUUCGAAUAAUUACACCGUUGGUCCUUCUGAAUAACUCCCUUAGAAAAUAGAAGCUUAGUAGUAUACUUACCAUAUACGUAUUUGCAAACCAAGAUACCAAUAUCUCAAAUGCAUCUGAUAUUUUUUUUUCUAAGCCAGCUACAUUUCAAUGUUUGAGGGGAAACAUCAAACACUGUAAUUAAAUUAUCAAAUAUUUUCAUUAAAUUGCAAAAAUGUUCAUGCAGUUGUUGAUACUUUUUCAUAUAAUUCUGUAAUAUGUAGCGAAAUAUUGCCGGAAUGAGAAGAUGAUGAGG